UCAACUGAGGAUUCAAUUAAUAAAAACAAGAAUAGGAAAUCAUAUCAAAAUGAAAAUUUGUGGACCUAAACUCUCGCUUUGUGGAAUUUUGCUCAGUAUUUGGGGUGUCAUUCAACUGUCUUUGAUGGGGCUGUUUUAUCAUAUGAAGUGCAUAGCUUUCGUAGACGAUCUAGAUCUUGAUCAUUCAGGAUUCGAAAGCGUAGCUGAACUCUACGAAAAAGCGGACACAGCUUACGAAACCUGCGCGCAUACUUGUUUUUAUGCAACUGGUAUAUAUAGUCUCAUACUCCUAUUUUCCAUAUAUCAGUAUUAUUUAAAUCGUCGUGCUUCAUUAAAAGUAAAGUAGA